AUGAAAGCCACAACCAACUUCAGCUACUCCAGAAAUGACAGCAACUGCACCAGCACCAACAAUCUCAGCCAAGUCAUUUUUCCUCUGCUUUACACAAUUCUGUUCCUGGUGGGUAUCACCAUGAACGGCCUGGCAAUGUGGGUCUUCUUUAAAAUACCCAGUAAAUCUAAUUUCAUCAUCUUCCUCAAGAACACUGUCAUUUCUGACCUCCUCAUGAUCCUGACUUUUCCAUUUAAAAUCCUUAGCGAUGCGAAGCUGGUGUCAUGGGUGCUGAGAGGGUUCGUGUGCCAGGUCACCCAGGUCGUGUUCUACUUCACCAUGUACAUCAGCAUUUUGUUCCUCGGUCUCAUCACUAUCGAUCGCUAUCAGAAAGCCACUUCGCCCUUCAGAACAUCCACGUCGAGGAGCCUUUUGGGUGCCAAGAUCCUGUCCACAGCAAUCUGGGUAUCAAUGUUUGCUCUCUCGUUACCCAACAUGAUUCUAACGAACAAGAAGAAAACACCUAAGAACGUGAAGAAGUGUGCUCUCUUGAAAUCUGAGUUUGGCUUGGUCUGGCACGAAAUUGUAAACUACAUCUGUCAGCUUAUCUUCUGGGUUAAUUUAGCAGUCAUAGUUGUAUGCUACAUACUCAUAAGCAAAGAACUGUACAAAUCCUAUAAAAGGACAAGAUGCACAGGAAAAGCAUCCAAAAAGACUGUAAACCUGAAGGUUUUCAUCAUUAUCGCAGUGUUCUUUAUCUGCUUUGUGCCGUUCCACUUCACCAGGAUCCCCUACACGCUGAGCCAAACACGCGCGGUCUUCGAGUGCGCGGCCCAGGCCACGCUGUUCCACGUGAAGGAGAGCACGCUGUGGCUGACGUCGCUCAAUGCCUGCCUGGACCCCUUCAUCUACUUCUUCCUCUGUAAGUCAUUCCGCAGGUCCUUGCUGGCCACGCUGCGCGAGCGCGCGGCGUCCGCAGAGCUGCGGGCGCGCAUGCGGGAGCAGAACGACGCGGACGACACGGACGAGACGCCGCUCUAGAGCCAACCGCCAGCCGGAGCCCUCCGCAGCCUCGGCCGCCUGCUGCUGGGGGAAAGCGGCACACAUCCUGCAAAGAACACCGAGAAUUCCACCAGGUUCUUUAGAAAUCGUCCCACAGAUGAAGCACAAGCGCCCCGCGAUCAACGUCCCCAGCUGCACAAACGGUGCAACCAGAAAGCUGGAGUAGGACGAGAGCCCCAGCUGAUCAGCGCCCCCGCCGGCAGGACUGCUGGGAGGGUCGGAACCAGAGCUGUAAGGAAAAGCUCAGUCAUCAAGCGCUACAGAUGAGACAACAACCUGGGAAGCUUUUGCAGAAAUAGCUUAACUUGGGCCAGAGUAAAGUCCAUGGCAGCACGAGACCUGGGAAACACAAAAUCCACACUAAAAGUGAUUCUUGAAUACAGGGACUUGUCACCUUAAACGCAACCGGUAGAUGAACAGAAAUAUAGGAUAUAUAUAGAAAAGCUAUUUAUCUGUGUAGAUUUUCGGUAACAGAAUAACACUCUGCUUAUCUCAUCAUACGCUUGCAAUUCUUAAUCCAUUGACCAAUAAUUAACUGUUGUGUGUCAGAGGAAAUAAUUUCAUAACCAGGUUUAUCUUGAUGUGAGUUAAAUCUUCAAAUGCUUGACCUUACUAUAUGAAUAAACAAAAAUGUAUACUUUU